AUGCUGUUCCCGAAGGGCGGCGUAAACUGGAAGGGCGCGAGAACGAAUUUACCUCCUACGCGGGGAUUGUGGAAGCUACUCGCAAAAUCGCGGUUGCUUUUCCUCGUCGGUCUUACCGGCCUAGUAGUUUUACUAUGGCGCACCAUCCGGAGCACCACACCUCGUGUGCAGAGCUUCUACUGCUGGGGUCCGUCUAAGUCGCCCAUGGAAAUGACGCCAAACGAGCAAGCAGCCUGGUCCUCCCACCUCACGACCCCCGUCAUCUUCAACCACCAUGCCCCGCUCGAAGUCGACUCGUCAACCAUCCAAUACGUUGACCUGAACCCCAUCAAGUCCACAAUCAAGGCCGUGCAGAACAAGGAGCGGGUCCUCCUCCUCACUCCGCUCAAGGACGCCUCGCGCUACCUCUCUAAGUACUUUGAGCUCGUCGCGAAACUGACCUACCCCCACGACCUCAUCGAUCUUGCCUUCCUCGUCAGCGACACCACCGACGACACCGUUGCCGUGCUUGCUGCCGAGCUCGACCGUAUCCAGAAGCGCGACGACGGUACUGCCUUCCGCAGCGCGACGAUCGUACAGAAGGACUUUGGCUUCACUCUCAGCCAGGAGGUUAAGGACCGUCAUGGCUAUGAGGCCCAGGCCCCGAGGCGCAAGGCCCUGGGGAAAGCCCGGAACUACCUCCUCUCGACGGCGCUGAAGCACGAUCACUCGUGGGUGUAUUGGAGAGAUGCGGAUAUUGUAGACAGCCCGGAAUCGAUCAUUGAGGAUUUCGUUGUCCAUGAUCGAGAUGUUCUCGUUCCCAACAUCUGGUUCCACCGUUACGAGGACGGGCGCGAUAUUGAAGGGAGAUUCGAUUACAACUCCUGGGUGGAAUCCGACAAGGCGCUCAAGCUCGCUGCGGGCCUCAAAAAGGACGUCAUUCUCGUUGAAGGCUACAAGGAAUUCGACACCGGGCGCACCUACAUGGCGCGGAUGGGUGACUGGCGGAACAACAAGGACGAGGAGAUCGAGCUGGACGGCGUCGGCGGCGUCAACAUCAUCGUCAAGGCCGACGUUCACCGAUCAGGGAUCAACUUCCCAUGCUACGCCUUCGAGAACCAGGCCGAGACAGAAGGCUUCGCCAAGAUGGCCAAGCGUGCCGGGUAUGGCGUCUACGGCCUCCCCAACUAUGUUGUUUGGCAUAUCGACACGGAAGAAAAGGGGGGGAACGUGUAG